UUUCGGGUUUCCUUGAAACAAUUGGGUUUUAGUGGUAAAAUGCACCUCGGAAUCAGAUAAAUCUUGAUUUCUUGACAAGAAUGUGUUGCGUGUUUGAUGCUAUAAAGAACAAUGUUUUUUGUCGUAUUCAAGAACGAAGAUGUUAGAUGAGAAUCAGUGUGAUCGAUGGACAUGGGCAAGUAAGUGCUCAUAGAGGAAGGGAAGUUCCUUUGGGAAUGUUAAGAAUGGAAACAUAUCCGAUAAUGACCUUAUGAUGAUGUGGUGCACAUCCUCUUCUCCGAUUGGUGGUAGAGCAACACAAGCCUUAGUGAAAAAGUUCCUUGCUAGACAUUUCAAGAAAUCAGUUAACCUUCUUGAUCACCUCUUAUAUUUGGUUUUUUUCUAGUUUCAGUUUCGCACAUUCAAUUAAAUGAUAACACAUUGUUUAACCGAUGUAGUAGACAUAGUGGUACUUCUUGCUGCACAGUUGCAGAAGCAUCAGGUGCAUUUACCAGAGUUGUAAGUUAGAUAAUCCAUUGAACUAAAGAAUGUGUAGAAAAUCCUUAUAAGAAGAACUAUUUCCUAAAAUUUCAUUUCAAUUCUAGAGGCAGCAUGACUUUUAGUAAAGUAAUAAGGAUUCUUGCUUUGUAUUACUAUACUCGUUCUUUCAAGUGCUUCUGACUCUUGUAAUCUGUUUUUGUUGUGAUGUUAUAUAUAUUUUAUGAUAGUGGCUGUUGUUAUGAUGGACUUCUCAUCUUUUAAACUGUGUUGGUUUGAAUAAUUCCAUAGUUUUGAUUGAGGUGCUGAAGUUUUAAUAAAUUGAUGACCUGAUUGGGGAUCAGAUUAAUUAUUUGCUAUCAAAAUGUUAGACAGGUUGAUAUAAUUUCAAUGGAUUUCUCCCAAAAACUUCCCUUCCGUUUGGGGCUUCAAUCCAUUAAAGCAUGCUAUUCAGAUGCUCAUGGAUUAUAUUUUGAAAUAACCUACACUCAUCUUAUAGCUGAUGCUCAUGUUAGGAUGCAAAUCCUAUCAGAUGCCAAGUGCCGACCUACAAUUCUGUGGUUUGACAUGCGGUCCAGCUUUUGUUCGAGGGAAUUGGCAGAGAAGACCUCCAAAAGGGAAAAAGUGGGAUCACCAGUGAUGUCUUACAGAGGAAGAAGCUAUAUUUUAAGUCUAGUUUAUAUAAAGCACCAUCCAAAAUAUAUCCUCGCUUAGUUCAUCCCGGCCGAAUCCUUCGAGUUCUACGACUGGUGGCCAUGUGGAUGGAUGUAUCGUUGAAGCAUCUAACUUGGCUUUUCAUGCUUGGUGGUGGGCAAACUUUGGUCUGUAACAGGUCCAAGAACAUCCAAAGAUGAGUUACACCGAAUGCUGCCGCCUUCGAGUCACUUUGUGCCCGGUGGCCCGCCCAAAUCAUGCAACAACGAACGGGUCGGUACUCGGACGCCCGCCGAAUUGGCUCUCUCGGUCUCGCGCCCCCUCGUGCACUGCCCAUUGACUGUGGGACCCGCACACCCCUCGCACGAGUCCAGUGGGCUUUCCUCACCGUUAAAAUGAGCUUGCUGGUGCUCUCCCUCUCCUCAAGCUCAAGAACCCCAACAAUCCCAUGUUUCUUUCCUCCUCCUCCUCCUCCACCACCGCCGCCGCCAACUACCCCUUCGGCGAACCCGCCCUCGACCGUCCGGAAUUCGGCUCGGCCGUCGGUCCUCAUGGCCUCAUCACCGACGCCAGUGGUUCCUUCUUCCAUUUCCCCUCCUCCAUUCCUCCCUAUUCGUCCUCUCUUCCCACCGAACAUUAUCUCCACAGGAGCAGUAGCGCCCGUUCGCUGCCGCUCCGCCGCCACAUUCUCGGCCCCCUCAACCAGCUACAGCCGCCAUUUUCGUCGUCCCCGACCUCCUCCUUCUGCGACUACCUCGACUUCCACGCCGCCCCGAUGAGGCGGGUCGUCAGCACUGGCGAUCUCCAGGGGGUCGACGGUGUCCACGAGAAUCAUAGCCAUGAGGGAGGUGUUGCCGGAAGAGUCGGUCGAUACAGCGCUGUGGAGAGGAAGGAAAGGAUCGAGAGGUAUAAGAGCAAGCGCAAUCAACGGAACUUCCACAAGAAGAUCACCUAUGCAUGCAGGAAGACAUUAGCCGACAGCAGGCCGCGAGUGAGGGGCCGGUUUGCGAGGAACGGUGAGACAGGGACGGAGGCAGAGGUAGAGACGGCGACGGCGGCUACAAACAUCUUCGAUGGCUAUAGCUACGACAACUACGAGCAGAACCAAGGCUGCAGUGUCGGUGGUGGCAAUGACGGCGAGUGGUGGAGCCGGUUGCAAGCGGCGCUGGCGACGGACGAGGAAGACGAGUACAGCUACGACGACGAUCUCCUCGCCAGCUUUGCCGACGUCUUCUCCAUGGACAUUCUCUCCUCAAGUCUGGUGAGCAGAGAAAGCACCGAGUAAAGGAGGCCUUAUCGAAGAUGAAGCAGCAGCAGUGAAUUCUUCUUGUACUUGUCUUCUAAUGUCUUCCAGUCAAACCUCGUCGCAGCAGCUACAGUUUCUGUCUUCUCGGUUCCAUAAAUUCUACAUAUACUCACCGCCUUUUUCUUUUUGA